UGGUCUGCAAAGCCAGUCUUGGACCAACCAGGCAGAGAAGCAAACUGGGGAGAAAAAAAAGGGAGCGGAGUCUGUCACAGACCGCGCAUGUUGUGAGGAGGAAAUGGUAUGCAGUUCGGGCUGGGCUGUCCCUCCCCUCUGUCCCGCAGCUUUAAGCUCAUCUGUUGUUAUUUGCACCGAGAACAUCCUGUUUUCAACUGAAGAACCGGGGACCUGAGGCUCAAUUUGAGGGAUAUUAUCGCCCGGUAUGCCCGAACAGAGCAGCUGAAACACGGUGAAAGGCUGACGAUGGCUUCGGUUCGGAUGGUCGGCAAAGUUACAGCGAGACUUUUGGGAAGUGUUCGGCCUCUUCACUGCGGUCUGAAAACUACUCGCCCGGUUACAUUUCUACAACAGGCUCAUCAGAAGUUGCCUCCUCUUGGAACUUGUGGAGCUUUUUUCUGCAGCACAGUCCCGCCCUCCUGUGACGUGUCCCUGAAGUACAAAUAUGGCCGCUUGGUUCUGGAGGUCCCGUUGCCCUCAAGGAAUGAGAACUGUCUGUUCUACCUCCGGCCCAUGCUGAUGAGCGUAGGAGACCUGCUCACAGAUCUGCAGAGAGAGGACCCCGGAGUCACUGCUUCUGUUUUGUCCAACGAUGGAGAGGGUGUAGCCAACACCACCCUGAUAGAAGCCCUGCUGGACAAUGACUUCAAGCUGGUCAUUAAUGAUGCAAUGUACAACGUCUGCUCUCCUGAAAAGGUUUGCACAUCCAGUGAGACCGCCAUGGAACUGGAGGACAUGAAGCAUGUUGUUCAUCUGCUGCACACAGCACUCCACUUGCCUGAACACCACCUGCUGAAAGAGAGGCAUCUGCUGGAGAAACUGGACAACCUCAAGCAGCAGCUGACACCUCUAGAGAAGAUAAAGGCACAGCUGUCCCACAGAGCAGAGUUCCACAGCUCCAGGAUUGUCUGGACCGGCUUGGCCCUGCUGUCUGUGCAGGGUGGCGCUCUGGCUUGGCUCACAUGGUGGGUCUAUUCAUGGGAUGUCAUGGAGCCUGUCACUUACUUCAUCACAUAUGGCACUAGCAUGGGAGCCUUCGCCUAUUAUGUCCUCACCAAACAGGAUUACGUCUACCCGGAGGUUAAAGACCGACAGUUCCUGCAUUACUUUUAUAAGGGGGCCAUCAAGAAGAGAUUCAACGUGAAUAAAUACAAUGAACUCAAGGUUGAGCUGGCUCAGGCGGAGGAGGACCUGAAGCGUCUGAGAGAACCAACGCAACUUCAGCUACCACUAGAACCUAUCCAGCCAAAGCCAUAGUUAAAGCCAAGCCAUAAAUAAUGCCCAAUAACACAUAAACUUCAGAGAAAACAAAUAAUAUCCUGCUUUAUUUUGAUAACAAGUGACAUUUUUACCUGAAAUCCAUAUCCUUCUGUGUUAUGUUUACAGUCUUGAUAAUGAUGCUAAUCAUGUCUUUGAGAAAUGAAAUAUUGGAUUAAAUAUUAUUUCCCAUACAUGGAGAGAA